AUGAGCGACCAACUCGAGACGGGUCUGCCCGAGGACUGGGAGGUGCGCCACAGCCAGAGCAAGAACCUGCCGUACUACUUCAACUUCCGCGAGAAGGUGUCGCGAUGGGAGCCGCCCCCGGAGACGGACGUGGACAAGCUCAAGGCGUACAUGGCCAAGUACCACAGCGGCAGCCUGGUGACGGAGGGGGCGCAGCCCGGUAAGAUCCGGGCGGCGCAUCUGCUCGUAAAGCACAGGGACAGCCGGCGGCCGUCGAGCUGGAGACAGUCUGAGAUCACGCGCACCAAAGACGAGGCGUUCGACAUCAUCAAGGGCUACGAGCAGCGCAUCCAGAGCGGCGAGAUCACGCUAGGCGAGCUGGCGCUGACCGAGUCCGACUGCAGCAGUGCCCGCAAGCGGGGGGACCUGGGCUAUUUCGGGCCCGGAGACAUGCAAAAGGAGUUUGAGGAGGCUGCUUUUGCGCUAAAGCCCGAGCAAAUCUCAGGCGUCGUGGACACGGCCAGCGGGCUGCACUUGAUCGAGAGACUCGAGUAA